UUCCAUUUUCCACACACCAAAACCUCUUCACCAGCCAAUUGAUACUUGGUACUCUUCUUCUCCUUUUUCCUUGCAUCUUUUCAAUCUCUUAAGACCAAUUUCACUAUCGAUCAUGGGUGUGAUCAGUUAUGAUAUGGAGAUUACCUCCUCAAUCCCCCCGGCCAAGAUGUUCAAGGCCUUCGUCCUUGAUGCCGACACCCUCAUCCCCAAGAUCUUGCCGCAAGCUAUUAAGAGUGUUGAAAUCAUCCAAGGGGAUGGAGGAGCUGGAACAGUCAAGUUGAUCACUUUUGGCGAAGGCAACCAAAUGAAGAGCGUGAAGCAUCAAGUUGAUGGGAUUGACAAAGAGAAGUUUGUGUAUAGUUACAGCAUAAUCGAAGGUGAUGCUUUGAUGGGCGUACUUGAGAAAAUCUGUUACGAGAUCAAAAUCGAAGCUUCCUCUGAUGGAGGAUCCAUCUGCAAGAACAACAGUAAAUAUCACACCAUAGGAGAUGCCCAAAUUACAGAAGACCAAAUCAAGAGUGGCAAAGAAAAGGCGUCUGCAAUGUUCAAGGCUGUUGAGGCCUACCUCUUGGCAAAUCCUGAUGCUUACUAAACAUAUAUGUCUGAAUUUUAUUGCUUUUCCUUCCUGCCAAAAUUUCCAAGUCAUGAUCAGUUGCCAAAUAAAGUUCCAGUUGGAUUAAUUGUAAUCGUGGAGUUACAUGUACUGCCUGUUUUGCUUGAGGAAUCCACGUUAUACUGUUUUCAUAAGUAUACUAAAAUUCUUCAGUUAAAGUUCAACAAAUGAAAUGAUAGGUCUUCCGACCUCAAUUGCCGACUCUUCCUCCUAA